AUGGGGAACCUAAUGAUAUGCACCCGGAGGAAGAUGACAGAGAGCAUCACGCUGGAGGAUCUGGCGUCCAUGAUAAGGGGAUGCACCUACAUAGUGGCCCUAACAGGCUCAGGCACAUCCGCAGAAAGUAACAUCCCAAGUUUCCGUGGCGCAAACAGCUCCAUCUGGAGUAAAUAUGAUCCAAAAAUAUAUGGUACCAUUUGGGGAUUCUGGAAGGCACCAGAAAAAAUCUGGGAGGUUAUUAGAGACAUCUCAUCCGAUUAUGAAAUCGAAAUGAAUCCUGGACAUGUCGCUUUGUCGACGUUGGAAAAUCUUGGUUACUUAAAAGCAGUGAUCACACAAAAUAUUGAUGGCUUACAUGAGGAGAGUGGUAACUCCAGAGUUAUUCCUCUCCAUGGGAGUGUCUUCGAAGCUCGCUGCUGCACAUGCAGAGAGACAAUUCAGCUCAACAAAAUAAUGUUACAGAAGACUUCCCACUUCAUGCAUCAGCUACCUCCAGAGUGUCCCUGUGGAGGAAUCUUCAAACCGAACGUGGUUCUUUUUGGAGAAGUCAUUCCUAAGUCAAUUUUGAAACAAGCUGAGAAAGAGAUUGAGAAAUGCGACCUUCUUCUCGUUAUCGGCACGUCCUCCUCCGUGUCGACUGCCACCAAUUUGUGUUACUAUGCUCAUAGGAAGAAGAAAAGAAUAGUCGAGGUGAAUAUCUCCAAAACGUACAUCACGAAUCGCAUGUCCGACUACCAUGUGCGCGCCAAGUUCAGUGAGCUGCUGGCGAUCUGCGAUCUCCUCAAGGGGGGGGAGGCGAACAAGGCGGAUAAGGCGGAUAAGGCGAACAAGGCGGACAAGGCGGCUCAAAGGGGGGAAGAACCGCAUAGUGAAGAAGAAGCGAAACGUGGUAAAACUUCUAAGAAAGCCAAUAUCGCGCAGGGCGCCGCGGAUAAUCGGUGA